GAGCAGGGACUUCCGGGACGGGCGCGGCGUGACGUCAGGAGGAGGGCAGCAACUCCAGAAAGUCAGUCCUCUUGCUGUUAUCCCUCUUUACAGGGAAGCUGUGGACCACCUGCCAGGCCCUCCAGGAUCAACACUGCACCACCAGUGUCACAUCGUCUUUUCACAUUGGCCGUGUCGAAGGCAAGGAGCAAGUAGGCAGUUCCCAGGAUGGGUGAAAGGAAAGGUGUGAACAAGUACUACCCUCCGGAUUUCAACCCUGAAAAGCAUGGCUCACUCAACCGAUACCACAACAGCCACCCACUGCGGGAGCGGGCUCGGAAACUGUCCCAGGGCAUCCUCAUCAUCAGGUUUGAAAUGCCAUAUAACAUCUGGUGUGACGGCUGCAAGAACCACAUCGGCAUGGGUGUUCGUUACAACGCAGAAAAAAAGAAGGUUGGCAAUUACUACACGACCCCAAUCUACAGAUUCCGGAUGAAAUGCCACCUCUGUGUCAACUACAUCGAGAUGCAGACAGACCCUGCCAACUGUGACUACGUGAUUGUGAGCGGCGCCCAGCGCAAGGAGGAACGGUGGGAUAUGGCAGACAAUGAGCAGGUGCUGACGACAGAGCACGAGAAGAAGCAGAAGCUGGAGACAGAUGCCAUGUACCGCCUGGAGCACGGCGAGGCCGACCGGAGCACGCUCAAGAAGGCCCUCCCCACCCUGAGCCACAUCCAAGAGGCCCAGAACGCCUGGAAGGACGACUUUGCCCUCAACAGCAUGCUGCGGAAAAGGUUCCGGGAAAAGAAAAAAGCCAUGCUGGAGGAGGAAGAGAGGGACCAGGCACUGCAGGCCAAGGCCAGCCUGGCCAUCCCCCUGGUGCCAGAGACGGAGGACGACCGCAGGCUGGCCGCCUUGCUCAAGUUCCACACCCUAGACUCAUAUGAGGACAAGCAGAAACUCAAACGGACCGAGAUCAUCAGCCGCUCCUGGUUCCCCUCCACUUCCACCAGCACCAGCAGCACCAGCAAAGCCAGCAGUGUCCUGAAGAAGCUGGCCCAGAACCGCAGAUCAGUUCCCGCCGCCAGCUCCCCCAUCACCGUGGGGCACCUGGGCAUUGUGCGGCGGCGGUCCCGGGAGGUUCCAGAAAGCCCCCAGCACAUGGCUGAGACCCUCAAGUCUGGGGAGCCACGGGUGCCAGCGGGGAUGGCCCAGGACAGGCCCACAUCCCCCCAGGACUGCUCUCAGGAGACGAUUGAGCCCCCCAAAAACAAUGGGCCACCGGGGCAGGAGGGGAGCUGUAGGGACAGGCCCCAGACCCCACCAGGCACUUCCCAGGAAGCAGCCAACCCCCAGGACAAAGCACAGCCCUGUGGCCUCAGCUCCUCCCUCGUGGCUGACUACUCCGGUUCUGAGAGUGAGUGAUUCCCAGGACUGGACCCAGCCCGCCCCAGAGGCCAAGACACAGAGGAGGUGCCUCACUGGCUGCAGGCCCGCUGGCCCACCAGCCCACGGAGAGCUCAGUCACCACCCCCUCCCCAGACCUCACCUCGAAGUGAUGCUGUUGUCUAUUUAUUUGGUCCUGGAGAGGGUGUUUGUGCCUUGUGGGACCCCCGACCUCCCAGCAUUAAAACCCUGCUUCUUUG